UGAACCAUGAAUAUAAUAUGUCGAGAUUGGAUAUCUUAAGUCACAUUAACACCAAUUAUUACUGCCACCCACAUUGACAAUUUGACACCAAUAAUUAGUUAUUACUAAUUUACUACCACACCAUCUGAGUACUAGAAUCGUGCCAAGUGUCAGCUGCUAGGGCUUGAUCCAGAUUCCUAGCCCACUAUCCAAGAGAAAUAAAUAAUCCUUUUUAAGCAAAGAUUUUUAGCUCCGAGUUUUGCUGUAACGAAAUAGGUAAUCGACGAAAUAAGAAUAUACAAACAUACACCAAUUUACCUAGGGGGUCGGUUGGAUGUAAGUUUUGCUAUGGCGGAACGAGCAAUCGAAUAAGUAUAAGAAUAUAUUCAAGUACACUCCAAUUAUGCAGGGGUCGUUUGGAUGAUGGAAUUGGAUGAACCAAUUUAAUUCAGUUGUCUCAAAAAUGAAGCAAACGAGUCAAAUUGUAUCGUUUAACAAUACAUAAUAGGAAUACAGUAAUUGGAUUGAGACCAUUUGAAAUAGAUUCUUUUUGCAUGAGUUUACAUCGACUAGAGAGAAAAAGACAGAUAUUUCGGAACGAUGCAUUUUUCGGACAAUUGGAUUGAAUCUCGUAAGCAUGGUUGUCAUGCCGGCCGGCGUCCCACUGGUUGAACCUGGUUCAACCUAUACCAGUCAUAAAACCGGCAUGAUCGAUAUACGAAUCUUCAAGUAAAAUAAUCUUACCUUAGUGAAUUUAAUUGAUAAAAAGUAAUUUAUUAUUUAUUUUAUGGGUUAAAAAGUUAAAUGUUGAUGUUAUUUGUUGGAUUCAAGUACAAAUAUUUAGGUAUUGACGUUAAAUGUCGUGUUUAAAUAUGAGUAUUUGUAAAUUAUUUGUAAUAUUAACCGGUAUGAACCGGCACAAACCGAUAUAUACCACCGGUCGAACCAUUCCACUUCUUAAACCGGCACACUGGCAUAAACCGGUUUGACAACCUUGCUCGUAAGUAACUCACACAAUAACAAAAUAUGUUUACCUAAUCCCAACGUAAACCAAUCCUUGUCAACUCAAUAUUCUUACAAGCCCUUUAGGAAUGAGUGAAGUUGUGGGCAGGGUGUGGGUAAGGUGAUGGGCAAUUGAUCAUGUCAAUCAAAGUUCCCUCCACCAUUGGAGCUCUCACUCAACUCAAUCCACACAAUGGACCGAUUCCCAAUAAGUUUCAGAUUUUCAUCCAUUCCUCUCUCUCAGUUUCCACACUACAUGCCAAUUUGCUCAACUUCUCUCACUAUCCAAAUUAUGGUUUGUCUUUGUCAUCUCUUUCAAAUGUGAGUCACCACCUCCUCAUAAUUCCACCUAUCUUAACCCCUUUUCUCUCACCAAUUACCACCUUCUAAUUACCCUUCAAUUAUUGGUACUUCUCACUAAACUCUAGGCACAUUUGGAUGGCUUAACAUUACUCUUGAGAGGGUGGGAUUGGGAUGUGGCCUAGGUUUUUUAUGGAAUGGUUGAAAUGUGUCAUAUUCAUUUGGAAUUGAUUGUUGAUGACAAUAUCAUGGGAGAUAGAGGUAUGAAUUGACAAUCCUUGUCAUUGUGACAUAUUUUUACCUUCUAAUAGUGUGUACUUGUUACAAGAUUCAUUGUACUAGUCCAACUCAUUAACAAUCAUCUUUGUAGUACUAUUUCGGCAUUACAUCAUUCGAACUUGUUUGCGUUAAAAGAUGUUCGUGGCUGAUGUAAUUUAUAACAAUAUUUUGUUUAGGCGGAGGUAGGUUUCAAAGGCAUCCCUUAUUGCAAAUGAGUUAGUGAACAAACAAGGGUUGAUGUUCAAAUUUGUUAUCGAAAAGGAUCCCGAUCUUUGACCCUAUGAACUUAAAAACUUAGGAUGUUUGUUCAAGUUAUUGAAUAUGAUGAACUUUCUUUAGAGGUGGUGUUAUCCAAUUUUUUAUAACAUAAAAGUGCAAGUGUUUUUGCACCAAUCGACCAGUUCUAGAUUCAUUGUCAUUCAUUUAUAAUUUGAAAAGAUUCGUACAGGUGGGAAAUGAUGAGGUCUGAUUUAGACGGUUUAUGGUCGAGCUGGGAAGGUGGAGCAUAGACGGUUUGUGCUGUCUGAACCAUGCAGACCACAAUGAUCUGAAAAUGAACAGUUUGUUUAGUUACACCGAAAAUGAUUCUUAAAACAUAAAUUCCAUCAAGCAUGCAUAAUUUGGGUUGAAACUUGGGUCUAAUUGAGGAGUUGAGAGAGUGGUCGAGUGAGAUGCUAACACCAAUAAGAAGUGAGCAGAAUUCACGUUUUGAUCUACUAAAUCGCAAUCUGAACUAGACGAGACCUACAAAUAUAUACAAUAUACAAUACAGACCAUGAAUCAUGGUAGACCAUUAUUAAUGGUGUAUGAUUUGGACCAAAUUAUACAAUCCGAUUUGUUCCACGAUUUUUCAAAGCGUGUUAUUUUUCAAAGCGUGUUAUUUUCAAAGAAGAACGUUUCAGCUGGUUGGUGGGCUAUCGCCUAUCAGAUCCAAUCCAAAUAACACACAGGCCCCAGGCCUCAGGAAAAGGGUUGGGCUCUGAUCCUAUCAGAUUGGUCUUGUGUCUCAGUGAAAAUAGAAAACAAAACUGGGCCCUGGCCCAUUUUUGUUUAGAACGCGGAUUGAAAUGCAGUAGGAUAAUUAGAAGUUUCCUAAUCCGGUUAGUAUUCCGUUAGACGUAAUACUGGGCAAUGCCCCAUUUGUACAAAAACAAUUUCUGUAAUGAAAAUUGUGUCAGAAAAAUGAAAAAUGAGCCAGGUAAUUGAAUUCAGAAAUUGGAUCAUUUUGAUGCAACUGAAAAUGGAUGCCUCAAUCCUAAUCAUACUCAAAUAUAUAGAAAUUUCAACAAAAGAUGAUGUAUAUUCGAGUACUAUGCUCCAAAAACAUUGAUGUUUUUCAGGUACAAGUUUAAUUUGAACCACAACGUUAAUAUACAAAUUCAAUUUGUAUCAUUAAUUUUUUUUUAUACGGAAACACCAAUACCAUAAAGAAUUGUAAAAUUCCUCGAUGUUCACUUGCAUUCACGUGAUUAUAAAUCUCUGUCCUCCAAAUUACAUCUAGACAAACAACUUUCUAGUUUGCACAAUCCUAGUAUUCUACUCUAUUCAUCGACACAUUGCUAAGAAUGAUGCUUCAAACCCAAAAUUUCCAAAUCCCAACUAUAUUGAGUAACAAUUAUGAUCAGCUUUUCCAUUUGCAAUUUCGCUUGAGCCAUCAUGAAGCCACUUCCUCAACAACCAGUCCAACCUUAGCCAUUAAUAUGAAAUGGAAACUGAACUUACCGGUCCAAAUCCUCCUGCCUCCACUAUAUUUUACUUCCUAGUACUCUCACCUAAUCAAUCCACACAGUGACCCUUUUGGAUUCCUGACUGGUUUCCUCUGCAACUUGGCCUGGCUUUAAGAUCCCAUCACCAUCAUUCAGCAAUUAUGGCGAUGAGAGGCAACAAGAUCAUACAAGCCAAGCUGGUGCUUUUGGGGGACAUGGGGACUGGGAAGACAAGCCUGGUGCUGAGAUUUGUGAAGGGUCAGUUCCAUGAUUACCAGGAAUCGACAAUAGGGGCAGCGUUUUUCACACAGGUGCUGGCAGUGAACGAAGCAACUAUCAAGUUUGACAUAUGGGACACUGCUGGGCAAGAAAGGUACCACAGCUUGGCUCCCAUGUACUACCGUGGAGCUGCAGCAGCUGUUGUAGUUUAUGACAUCACCAGCAUGGAUUCGUUUGUUCGAGCUAAGAACUGGGUUCUGGAAUUGCAGCGGCAAGAGAAGCCAAAUUUGAUAGUGUUCUUGGUGGGCAACAAGGCUGAUUUGGAAGGAAAGCGGCAAGUUGGAAGCCAGGAAGGGGAGGAUUAUGCUCAAGAAAAUGGACUGGCCUUCCUUGAAACCUCCGCCAAAACGGCUCAGAACGUAAACGAACUCUUCUACGAUAUAGCAAAUCAACUGGCAAAAAUUGUGCCUUCACGACCAGGUGGAAUGACGUUGAGCAAUAGAAGAGGAUCGGAAACAGGCGGGAGGGUAUUCUUUUGUUGCUCCUCCUGAAUCACAGGAGGUGGAAACCUUCAAUCAAAACUAAAUGAUCAAAUGUGCAAUCUUGUUUUGGCGCUGCAUUGUUCAUUGUUUUAUAUAUGUAAAAUGUAUUGUGUAAAUACAAACAAUAUUAUAUAACUAUCGGGAUCAAGUCCGUUAAUAUGUUCGUUGUAAAUUAACAUCGUUGAAGUACUGCAUUUGUUUGAUUGAUUAACGAUAUCCAAAUUUACCCCCUUGAUUUUGGGGAAUCAAACCUCAAUUAGCAGCAUCCCUUCACUCGAAAACCCAAUUGAAAACCAUCCAAUCCCCUCAUUAACACCUUGCCCAAUUCUGCCCCUUUGAUUUACGAGAUUCACCUAAAUUAGGGACUUAACAUGAGGUGUAAUAAAUGCCAAUCACCUAU